AUGACUGCGGGUCUGUGUGUGUGCGUCCUGCUCGCGGUCUUAUGUACGAGCUGUUUGGGGCUCCCCUUCUCCACACCGCACCUCGACCAGGGACAGCGCUCUGUCUCUGCCCCAGCUGAGGCUCGCCCUGACCCCAACCUGGCCUCGUUUGGAGAGACUCACACUCGACACAAGCGCUCCAUCUCUCAGCUCAAAUCUCUGCCCGCCACUGAAGAGGAAGCAGACUCCAGAGCCAACCUGAGCGAACUGCUGGCUAGGAUAAUCUCAUCCAGAAAAGGGUCUGUGCGCAGGAACUCUACAGCCAACAGCAGAAGCAGUGCCCUUAGCGCCAGCCAUCGGAUAGCAGACCGCGACUACUUGGGCUGGAUGGACUUCGGGCGCCGCAGUGCAGAGGAAUAUGAAUACCCUUCGUAA